AUGCACUUUCCAACUUCAUUGAGUGCUUUGCAUUUCAUGAUAGUGCUAUGCUUCUCACCGCGCAGCAUUGCAGCACUCAGCUGGGGAAACCGCGCGAAGUCAUCACCACCACCAAGGGCCCGCGAGGCUGCGACAUCUUACACAGAUGCCUACGUUCCGACCUCCGUCAUUCAGCCUGCUGUACUUGUCGACGUUUACGCCGAUGCCUUACGACAACUUCAACAGCUAGAGUCGGAACCAUUAUGCCAUCGUAUCGCCGCGCGACUUCUUGUCACCAACUGUCAGCUUCUUGAUGGCAAGGAUGAGGCCACUGUUCUUACUGACAGCGGGCGCCUAAUCCGCGACUUUGUGGAGGCAUACGCUGCAAGUCUGGCCAUUUGUGAUCUCGAGCGUGGCGAUUUCUACAUUCCCUCGGCAUGCUCGCCAUUUCGAGAACCUGCACUUGCCAAAGUCUCGGCUCAGAGGGACCUUUCUCUACAUGUCUCCUCGUCUCAAAUACAAGCUUGCAUCUCGGGUUUAAAAUCUCCAGACUCAGCCUGGGGAACGUACAUCAGCUAUAGGCACAAGGCACUGCAGUUCUGUGAAGCAGCGAGGGCUGACCAAGAAAAAACCCAAAAUAUCCUAGUGUUUCAGAAGCUCAUCAAGGUCACCGAGCAGCUGGUUACAGGAGUCGAAACCGAGCUCCAAAAACGUAUGGAUGAUCUCGACGAGCGAACUCGACAAGCAAGCGAUGCUAUCGACCGCCUUACUCCCAAACUGCAUAGCUUACACGAGAGUUUUGGAAAGGCCCAGGACAUGCACAAUGGACUUAGUGAGGCGCUGAGAGAUUCAGUUGGUGCGACCAGAUCCAUUCUAGGGGAUGCAACCACCCUGCAACAACUUCUCAAAGUUAUGGUAGACGCCGUCCUCGAGCACCAUUCUGAAGUAGUCUCUGCCAAUGAGCGUUCAGUCGAAAGCUACGGGGCCGUCACAGCCGCCAGCCGAAGGGCAUCAGAGGAAAUGGGUCAGGUGCUCUCUGCAAUUUUGAUUGCAGCAACAUAUACAGUCGAGCUAAAUCAGAACCUCGAACUCUCUCGCCUCGAAGCUGCUGAGCUCUCAAAGCGUCAGAACUUUGUGGCACAAGGGUUGAUGCGUCUCGAGAAUAUGACCGAACAGUUAGUUGAAAAGUACGAUAAUCAUUCAGCCAAGCUCGAAUCAGUCCGCAACAUGACCAAUGGCAUCGUCGAGACAUUGAAUGAUGCCCAUACAUUGGCUACUGCCACGAAGAACACAUUCACUUUUAGGUCAAGUGGGUGGCUAACGUACGUGACAUUACCUCUCGGAUUUGUUCUUGCGGGCUCCUACGGUCUCUCGCCAUCACUGGCUCGGAACAUGUUGCUGGCUGCUCUUAGGGAGGGCCUAGCUUUGCUAUGGUCGUCCCGGGAUUCAGUCAGCAUAUGGCCGUCUAGUUUGAUGCCUUUUUUCUCUUCCUCGACUCACAACACGGCUCUCAAUGCCAGCAUUCCCAUUUCACUUUAA